UCCUUUGGUUCCAGUUUCUUACGGUUGUUCUUUAUACUGAGGGUUCAGUCUCUGUCUGCUGGUACAGUAACUGCUGCUGCCUUUCACUGUUGAACUUGUUGCUUAUUUCAGCACAACUAGUGAGUUUUUACUCUAUUUGUUUUACUUUCCUACUUUUCUGAACUAAGAUCUCUGCAGCAGUUGCACUGGUAACUACUGAAUCACCAAGUCGACUUGGCAUUUUACACCUGAAGAAACCUGAGUCAAGAUGAAGAUCGCAGCCUUCAAUGCCAAGAAGCUGGGAAUGAAGAAGGUCAAUGACGAGUUUGUCAUGCGCUACCUUGUCAAGAUCUUAUCCCGGUACAGUGUGGUGGUGGUACUGGAGGUGGUGGAUAAAGAUGAUGAUGCCAUGAACAUACUACUUGAUGAGCUCAACAGCAAUGGAAGCCAUGACUACAAUAAGAUCUGUAGCCCCGAGCUGGGACGAGGCACCUACAAGGAGAAGUUUGUUUGUUUCUACAGAGAGAAUGAGGUGACACUGGUAGACCAGUACCAGUAUGAAGAUGAUCAGGCUGGAGAUGAAGACGCCUUCGCCAGAGAACCCUUCAUCCUGCACUUCAACUGUUCAACUGCAGUUGUGAAAGACAUGGUCCUGAUCCCGGUCCACACCAAGCCACAGGACGCUUGGAAGGAGCUGGACGAGCUGCAUGACGUGGUUGAAUUCAUCAAGGAGCGAUGGGGAAUUAAAAACAUCAUCAUUUUGGGGGACUUUAAUGCAGAUGGACGUUACCUGUCCAAGAAGGAGAAGAAAAUGAUCCGCAUCUGCUCACCUUGCUAUCACUGGCUGAUAGAUGACGAUGUUGACACCACUGCUAGUAACAGUAAUGACCACACCUACGACAGGAUCGUGGUGUAUGGAAAGACCAUGCUGAAUGGCACUGUCCCCAAAUCAGCCAAGCCGUUCAACUUCCAGAGAGCGUUCAGACUGAGUAAGAAAAAUGCCCUGAGAAUCAGCGACCACUACCCUGUGGAGGUGGAGCUGAAGACUCAGAAGAAAGGACCUCAGAAGAAGAAUUUGAAGAGAGGACAGUCCUCAGCCGCGUCCAGCACAGCAGCCAAGAGAAGGAAUGGAAACAGAUGUUCAAGAUAAACUGUUCACAGCUGAGUUCUGUGAAGUAAUAAUCAAAGUGUG